AGUUGCGUGUAAUUUUUAUUUACUUUUUUUUUGGGGGGGAUGAUGUAUAGGUCCAGAUUGAGAUCCACGUAGUGGUUUAAUGGUGAUUUCGAUAUUGUAUAACUUCCCUGGACCCAUGACUUUAAUUCUCAACUACCAAUUUAAACCACGCAUAUUCCACCCCUUUGGUCUCAUAUCCUUUAUCAAUAUAAACACAAUUUCAGCUCACAAAAAUGGCGUUUUCUUGAACAAAUUUUCUGAAAAUGGGAAAAGAAAGUUCAAUUUCAAGAAUAGUAUGAUGUCUUGAUCAAUUUGAAAACAUCAAUCUACCAAACUUGGACACAAAUACUUAAUUAUGAUGCCCUUUUUAACAGAAUCUUCAAAUCAUACUUGGUCACCAAUUAUGACAACAGAUACAACAACUCUGAGUUAUUGGCUGAACUGGAGAUUCUUAAUAUGUUCAAUAUUGAUAUUAGCAGCUAUGGUGGUAUCACUUCUCCUUAUAUGGAAGUACGAUUGUUCUUCAAAGUACCGAAAAGAAAAUGGGCAAAAGAAAGCAACAUUUCUGUGCAAAGAUGAUGUUUGGAAGACAUGUUAUAAAGCAAUCCAUCCUAACUGGCUGCUUGCUUAUAGACUAAUUGCUUUCUCCAUACUUCUGUCUUUACUCACUGCAGAUGUAGUUCUCCACGGCGUACGCAUACUUUAUUUCUAUACUCAGUGGACAUUCACCUUGGUUACGGUCUACUUUUUGCUAGGAUCUUCAUUGUCCAUCCGUGGCUGUCUCCAACCUUGCAACGGAGGUAGUGGUGCUAGCACUGGUGGUGUUGAUACAGAGAGAGGCACUUACAUUGCUCCAGUUCCUGAAAAUUUAAGCGUACUUAUUGAAUCCAAUGGCUUGAAUUCCCAUGGAGAGCCACAUGAUCAUUGGGGACUUGCCUUGCAAAUAAUCUUUCAGAUGACUGCAGGUGCCAUUGUGCUUACAGAUUGUGUUUUUUGGCUCGUUAUAUAUCCGUUCCUUACUGACAAAAACUACAAAUUGCACUUCCUGGCUGUUUGUAUGCAUUCUGUCAAUGCUAUUUGCCUUCUAGGUGAUGUGUUUCUAAAUCGUCUACAGUUCCCUUUCUUCCGGUUAGCAUAUUUUGUACUUUGGACAUGCGUAUUUGUCAUUUUCCAGUGGAUCCUCCACAUGUUUGUCUCGUUGAGGUGGCCGUAUCCCUUUCUAGACUUGUCAUCUCAAUAUGCUCCCCUUUGGUACUUUGCUGUUGGUAUUCUCCAUCUGCCUUGCUAUGGAAUCUUUGCCAUACUGAUUAGAACAAAGACUUGUUGUUUAUCCAGAUUGUUUGUUUCAUAGCCCCGAUCGAGAUGUAAGUCAUGUUGGAGAUGGUGAAUGAGUUCAAACUCCAUUAAGCAGCCCAGUAUUACAUGAAAUUGUAUUUUUAUUUAUUUUUAGUGGACUGAAAUAAAUCAGUAAGCUAAAAAUAUGAAAUGUUAUUUUAUUUACUAGUAAGCUGGUGUCAUUGUAUUUACUUCCUUGUCUGUCUAUUUUAUUUUAUUUUUAA